UUGACUGCAGUAGAUCUGGCGUCGUGAUCGUCAUUUAUUGCGAAGGGGUGACGAUGGUCCACCGGCCAACUGGUUUUCAGCUCCAAUCAGAUCGCCGGUAUCUCUUCGAUUCCCUUCCGAUCCACCGUCAGCCAUUGGAAUACUCCAAAGCUCUUCACCAUUCUUCCUAAUUCCGAGCAGGAUAAUGGAACCCAGAGUCUCGAGAACCAGACGGAAGAAGGCCGAUCUUCAGUCAAUCCUAAGAAAAUCAUGGUACCAUUUACGGCUCUCAGUGAGGCACCCUUCGAGGGUCCCCACUUGGGAUGCAAUUGUUCUCACCGCCGCUAGCCCCGAGCAAGCUCAGCUUUACGAGUGGCAGCUCAAUCGCGCGAAGCGUAUUGGCCGGAUUGCUCACUCUACAAUCACCCUCGCCGUGCCUGACCCCAAUGGCCAGCGGAUUGGCUCUGGAGCCGCUACCCUCAAUGCUAUUCACGCCCUUGCAAAGUAUUACGAGAAGCUCGGGCUUGUUCCUAGCCCUGAGGUGGAGAUUACAAACAAUGGAUGUAACGAGUCUGAUCUGUCGCCUAAAUUGCCAAGUAAUAGCAAUGAAGUUCCUCUCUCACAUCUUGCCAGCUUCAUAUCCAAAAAACAUGUACUACUGCUUCAUGCUGGAGGUGACUCGAAAAGAGUCCCCUGGGCAAAUCCCAUGGGAAAAGUGUUCUUGCCUCUACCGUAUCUUGCAGCAGAUGACCCUGAUGGCCCAGUUCCGUUGCUUUUUGACCACAUUCUUGCCAUUGCUUCGUGUGCAAGACAGGCUUUUAAAAAUGAAGGCGGAGUACUUACUAUGACCGGCGAUGUUCUACCUUGUUUUGAUGCAUCCACUUUGGUCCUUCCAGAGGACGCCUCUUGCAUAAUCACUGUUCCUAUCACCCUUGAUAUUGCUUCCAAUCAUGGUGUUAUUGUGGCAUCUAAAAGUGGGACACCUGGCAGGGUUUACACUCUCAGUUUAGUUGACAAUCUCUUGCAGAAACCCAGUGUUGAUGAACUUACCAAGAAUAAUGCCAUUCUAAGUGAUGGUAGAACGCUUCUUGACACCGGAAUAAUAGCAGUUAGAGGUAAAGGAUGGGUUGAGCUAGUUUUGCUUGCAUGUGAAUGCCAACCUAUGAUUUCAGAGCUUCUGAAGUGUGGGAAGGAGAUUAGUUUAUAUGAAGAUCUGGUUGCAGCUUGGGUUCCUGCCAAACACGAAUGGUUGCAGUCACGUCCUUUUGGUGAAGAGUUGAUUCGUAGGUUGGGAAGGCAGAAGAUGUUCAGCUAUUGUGCUUAUGACUUGUUGUUCUUACAUUUUGGCACCUCAAGUGAAGUUUUGGAUCAUUUAAGUGGGGAAGAAUCAGAACUUAUUGGACGAAGGCACCUGUGUUCUGUCCCAGCUACUACUGCAUCUGAUAUUGCAGCAUCUGCUGUUAUCCUUUCCAGUAAAAUUGGACCUGAAGUCUCAGUUGGAGAGGACUCUCUAAUUUAUGAUUCUUCCAUUUCUGUUGGAGUACAGAUUGGUUCCCAAUGUAUAGUUGUUAGUGUUAACGUCUCAGGAUUUAGUGACCAGUUACAGGGAGGAGCAUUUAGGUUUAUGCUUCCGGAUCGUCAUUGUCUUUGGGAGGUUCCAUUAUUAGGUUAUAAUGAAAGAGUCAUAGUAUAUUGUGGAAUUCAUGACAACCCAAAAAUUUCAGUCUCUAAGGGUGGGACAUUUUGCGGGAAGCCUUGGAAGAAGGUUUUGCAAGAUUUAGGUAUUGAAGAAAGUGAUUUGUGGAUUACAGCUGGUACUCGGGAGAAGUGCUUGUGGAAUGCAAGAAUAUUCCCAGUUAUUUCCUACUUUGAGAUGCUUACUCUAGCUAUGUGGUUGAUGGGAUUGAGUGACAAAAAAAUGGAGCACUUGCUUUUGUUAUGGAAAAGUUCUCAUCGAGUAAGUUUGGAGGAAUUGCAUAAGUCAAUCAAUUUUAUUAAAAUGUGUACCGGAUCAAGUGAUCACCAAGCAGAUCUUGCUGCUGGAAUUGCUAAAGCUUGUAUUAACUAUGGCAUGCUUGGACGCAAUUUAUCUCAAUUAUGUGAAGAAAUUCUGCAGAAAGAAGUUUCGGGAUCAGAAACAUGCAAGGAUUUUCUAGACAUGUGCCCCGAACUUCACAACCAGAACAUUAGAGUUGUUCCAAAGAGCCGAUUGUACCAGGUGCAAGUCGAUCUCCUUAGAACGUGCAGUGAGGAGACAGCAGCAUGUGAGUUGGAACGGGAAGUUUUGGCUGCGGUUGCUGAUGAAACUGCUUCAGCAGUUAGAUAUGGGUUUAAAGAAGAUCUCUUGGACAAGCCUGACACCGAUAAUCUGGUACACGAAAAUAGUCUCUCUGAUAAUAGCACGAACCAAUUAAUCCACCAUAAAAAGGUAAUUGUUAAAUUACCUGUACGUGUGGAUUUUGUUGGUGGUUGGAGUGACACUCCUCCAUGGAGCUUAGAGCGGCCUGGUUGUGUGUUAAACAUGGCAAUUAAUUUGGAAGGUUCUCUUCCUAUUGGGACCUGUAUAGAGACAACAAAAACUUCUGGAGUUCUGCUUAGUGAUGAUGCUGGAAAUGAGUUACAUAUUGAGGAUCUUAAUUCUAUUACCACUCCAUUUGAUAGUGGUGAUCCAUUUCGGCUCGUCAAAUCUGCAUUGCUUGUGACUGGCAUUAUUCACGAUCAUAUGCUAACUGUUAUUGGUUUGAAAAUCAAGACUUGGGCAAAUGUGCCUCGUGGUAGUGGCCUGGGGACUUCUAGCAUCUUAGCUGCUGCUGUGGUGAAAGGUCUUCUUCAGGUAACCGAGGGGGAUGGAAGCAAUGAAAAUGUUGCCAGACUUGUAUUGAUGCUAGAGCAGCUUAUGGGGACUGGAGGUGGCUGGCAGGAUCAAAUUGGAGGUUUAUACCCUGGCAUCAAGUUUACAACAAGUUUUCCUGGAAUCCCAUUACGUCUUCAAGUUGUCCCCUUGUUGCCAUCACCUCGAUUGGUCCCAGAGUUGCAGAACCGAUUGCUCGUGGUAUUUACUGGUCAAGUCCGACUUGCACAUCAAGUCCUUCAAAAAGUGGUGACACGAUAUGUCAGACGUGAUAACCUUCUCAUAUCCAGCAUUAAGCGUUUAGCUGCGCUAGCAAAGAUUGGGAGAGAUGCUCUGAUGAACUGUGAUAUUGAUGAGUUGGGGGAAAUAAUGAUGGAGACUUGGCGAUUGCAUCAGGAACUAGAUCCUUUCUGCAGCAAUGAGUUUGUUGAUAAGCUCUUUGGAUUUGCAGACCCCUAUUGUUGUGGCUACAAACUGGUGGGUGCUGGUGGCGGGGGCUUUGCUUUAUUACUGGCUAGAAGUUCAGUACUAGCCACGGAACUGAGAAACAAGCUUGAAGAUGACAAAAACUUCGAUGUAAAAGUAUACAAUUGGAACAUAUCUUUAUAGAAUCAUUUAUAUAGAGGCAGUAUAAGGUUACAUAUUCUACUGUUGUUAAUUUAUUCCGAUCCAUAUUAAAUUAUUCUCGUGUUUACAUGUUCUGUGUGAAAUAAAGAAAACCAGAAAUUGCUGCUUGA